AUGAGUAACCACCGAGUUUCCUUCAGUCAUCCAGAAGAACACAUUUACAAAAGUAAUUCUUCCUCUGGAAUGGCUAUUUCCAUGGACUUUCUCUCAAAUCCAUUUUCCAUCCCCAUAAUCACAACCACAUAUCUUCUUCUUCUCCUUUGCCUUUAUGUCUACACUCAACAAAGAAAAGGCAAGUUGACGAAGAAGUAUCAUCCAAUUGCUGGAACCAUGUUGAAUCAGCUUUUUAAUUUCCACAGAUUUCAUGAUUACAUGGUUGAUCUUGCUUCAAAACACGGAACAUAUAGAUUGAUUACUCCUUUUCGCUACGAGGUUUAUACAUCUGAUCCGGUUAACGUUGAGUACAUUCUCACGACCAAUCCCGAAAAUUAUAUCAAGGGAACUUAUAACCACACCAUUCUAAAGGAUCUUCUUGGUAAUGGAAUAUUUACCGUUGAUGGGGACAAGUGGCGAGAGCAGAGGAAGGUCAAAAGCCACAAUUUCUCCACGAAAGCUUUAAGAGAGGUCAACACUUUAAUAUUUAGAGAAAAUGCGGUAGAGCUCGCUCACACAUUAUCUGAAGCAGCAAGUAACGAUCAAAUUCUCGAUAUGAGUGUUAUCUUUAUGAGAGCAUCAUUGGAUGCGGUUUUUAAGGUUGCAUUCGGAAUGGAUCCAGAGAGCAUGUUUGGUUCAUCUGAAGAAAGUGUAAGAUUUAAUGAUUUUUUCGAUGACGCAAGCGCAAUGACACUUAAAAGGUAUGUAGAUGUAACAUGGAAAAUCAAGAAAUUUUUCAACAUCGGAACGGAAGCAAAGUUAAAGGAAAAUGUCAAAGUGGUUGAUGAAUUCGUUUACAAGUUGAUCAAGAUCAAGACCGAACAAAUUGAUAAGAAUGAAGAUUCGCGAUACAAAGGAGACGUUCUAACAAGGUUUCUUCAAUUCAAGGACAUGAGUCCACAGUAUUUGCGAGAUAUAAUACUAAACUUUAUAAUUGCUGGAAAAGACACGACUUCUUCUGGUAUGACUUGGUUUAUUUACUUGCUUUGCAAACAUCCAGAGAUCCAAGAUAAGGUAGCAAAAGAAAUCAAAGAAGUAAUAAAGUUUAAGGAUGUAACGGAUUUUACUGGGUUUGUAAAUGCUAUGACUGAAGAUGUUUUAGAAAAGAUGCAUUAUCUUCAUGCAACUUUGACAGAAACUCUGAGACUCUAUCCAGCAGUUCCAUUGGGCGUGAAGAUAUGUGCGGAAGAUGAUGUUCUACCUGAUGGUUGCCACGUGAACAAAGGGGAUAUGAUGACUUACCAACCUUAUGCAAUGGGAAGGAUGAAGCUCUUAUGGGGUGAUGAUGCAAAUGAAUUCAAGCCAGAGAGAUGGAUCGAUGAAAAUGGCUGCUUCCGAUCCGAAAGCCCCUUUAAAUUUACAGCUUUUCAGGCAGGGCAAAGAAUUUGUUUGGGGAAAGAAUUUGCAUAUAGGGAGAUGAAGAUAUUUGCAUCCAUGAUUUUAGGUUGCUUCGUUUUCAAGUUAGACGAUGAAAAUAAACAAGCAAAAUUUAAAAAGACACUUAAUCUUCAUAUCAAUGGUGGACUGCAUGUUCGUGUUUUCAAUAGACCUCAAUAAGAUAACCUUUCAACUUAUGGCUAUAUGGUAUAUGUUUCUAUUUACUUUUCCGUGAACCUUUUUAUUCCUAAGAUUGAAAUAUGCUUCCAGUAAACCUAUGAUUGUAAUAAAAGUAUGUGUGAUUUAUUUUCUUGUUGAUGUGAGUCUUAAUUGUUAUUAUCAACAG